AUGUCCGAGAAACAAGAGUACGCUCUGGAUGUUUACAUCCGUAUGAACCUGGACGACGAAAAGGACUACUGUUUUGAAGUCAAGAAAACACAGACCUUCAGGGAUUUGUUUCAGAUUUUUGAAACACUGCCUUUGGCACUAUGUCCAUCCAUAUUUUACAAUAGGAUUCCUAAAGGAUUUCUGGUUUCCAGAUGUCCUGGGGAGUUAACGGCCGAGGGUGGAGUUUUGUUUGGUCAUGAAGCAGACAAAGCCAAAUGGGUUACUCGGGUCUCUAACGAUGACUUGGUUGUGUCCAAGGUUUGGCCGGGCCAAUUGUUGCUUCCUAUUUGGGAAGAAAAAACUUUCCUCACCUACUCCGUUUAUGCUGCUCUUCUGACUUGGUUGUAUACUGAUCUGCCAGACUUUAUUUCGCCAACUCCCGGAAUUGCGUUAACAACUUGGGUGUGCAAGGCGAUUUGUUACUUGGUGGAAAAGUACCACGAUGCCGGGUUUGCUGAACAUCUACGUGGGGAACUGCUUUCUGAAUCAGGAAAAGUUCUCCAAUGCGUUUUCUUCUUCUUCCAUGUACUCAAGGUGCUCAUCAUUUUCGGAUCCUUGAACUUUGGCGUUGUGAAUCCUUAUUCAUUCACCGGCAAACCUCCAGCAGUCACAAAAGAAGAUCUGAUUAGGAUUGGAUGGACUGGAUCCAGAAAGGCAACAUUGGAAGCUUUCAGGGAGGAUUACAGAAACUAUCGUAUUGAGAAGCUUGGUGGCUUGAUGGCAGCCCAUAAAGAGGGAAGUCUGAGUAAGCUUUCGCACACGACAGUUACUCUGGAAGAAGGAGAAGGUUUCAACACACCACUGGACACUAAGGGCAAGUUGACGCUCAAGGACCUUGAGGAGCAAGACAAGUUCUUCUUGACUUUGGACCUAAUCAUUGCCCAGCAGAAAUUUUUCCAUGAGCAGCAUGCUGACUUGGACGAAAUGGAGUUUGCUAAGGCCUAUAAGAAAUUCAGGAAUUAUGGGCCGUUUGAGACCUCGCCCCAAAUCAAAAAAAUUGUCGAAAAACGGUUUGAAAAGGCCCUCAAGCCAAGCCUGCAGUAA